CUGGCAUAACCCUACACCUGUGUCUUUGUUGCCUUUCACCUGAAGCUCAGUUAAUGAACCUAUUACAGGUAUAGUUAGCGGUAGCCCCACUCAGAUUACCUGACAAAGGUUCCCAUUUGGCAUGUCUUGUGUCUGGUGUAAUUAUUUCAUCUGAAUCCAGGUUUGAAGUGAGGUGAAAUGUAUGUUAUGUAAUAAUCACGUGGCAGCCAAGCAAGAGGAGUGAACAGUUCAUUUACUUUUUUUGUAAACGGAUCAUUCCUCGCGAUCAAAAGUUCCACAGAAAUACGUUCAUUGUUUAAUCACUGUUAUCUUGCACAGUGGAUUUGUCAAAAGUAAGUGUUUACAUGUGUAGGUUUACUAAAGCAGAUGGAAAACACUCAUAUCAUGGCGUGAAGUGCCGAUGUAAAAACAACAUACUUGGCUCAAUGGAUUAGCCGAUAAUACUUUUAUUAAUUGUUCAUUGCUUUCUAACUCCAUGGAUAAUUUUUAAGAACCAUGGACAUCAUGAACAUAAUUGUCACAUGUGCUAUCUUAGCCUACCGAUGAGACUUGACACCUUUGUGAAACAUCUGAAACAAACUUAGUGAUCAGUUGAGAAACGAACACAGGUUUUAAUAUUCAGGAACGCUAUACAUAUAUUUUAAAAUAUUUCAUUGUAACAGAGCCACUUGACGUCGAAUAAUUUUAUUUGUUCAGCUGCACACAUAUGGGAUAUUGUGCCUAUAUGUGAAUUUUCACGGAUACAUUCCUUGAACAAGGAAGCUGCCCAAAUUUAUACAUAAAACUUUGGUGGGUCGCAUUCUCGUGUUUUAGCUCGUUUCCAAAGGUCGAGAUGGCGAGAAUGCGAGAUCGCGAGAAUGUCCCUUACAGUAUUCCAUAGGACGCAGCCUCUAUCAGCAUACACUCAGUCACCGCAUGCAGUGCAAACCGACCGAACGUUGAAGGAACAUCCGGUUUUAUUCUCUUCAGUACCAUGUCCCAUAACGGCGAGAUGAAAGCUCCUCCCCCAGGCGCUGAGAUGUACACCCGGGCUGGACGCAGCACCUACCUCCGUAUCAACCUCGACGUCCUCUACAACAACAUCUCCAUUCUAAAGCAGCGGUGUUCACCACAUACAGCAGACGUCAUUGCAGUGAUGAAAGCCAACGCCUACGGUCACGGCAGUGUGGAGAUAUCCAGGUAUCUGGAGUCCCGGGGGGUCGGGCACUUUGCCGUCGCUACCCCCGAGGAAGGCGCUCAGCUCAGGCAGGCAGGGAUAAAGGGACACAUACAGAUAUUAGGUAACGCCGUCGAGGAGGACAUCCCGACACUGGUGAAGUAUAGGUUGACACCGACGGUGGCAGAACUAAAAUUCCUUCAGGAAUGGUCUAGGGCUUUCACAGCAGACCCCGUCAGUAGCAACAAUGCCGAUAACGACACCAUCAGUAGCAACAAAGUCACCGACAGCCACGCUUUACAGGAGAGGGUUAGGAAGAGACUCCAGCUGGUGCUGAAGAUAGACACGGGGUUGUCCAGGAAUGGGUGUCAGACUCAGGACUUCCCCUCACUUAUACAGUUCUGCCAGACACAGGGUCUAACUGUCCACAGUGUCAUGACGCACUUUUCUCAGGCCUGGGACAACCCCCACUUAACCAAGCAGCAGCUGAACACCUUUAUGGCGCUGGUAGAACCGCUCAGAGCAAGUGGAGUGAAGGUUCACGUCGCCAGCUCCGCCACCAUCAUCAGAGGGUUUGGGACACAGCUGGACUUUAUCAGGCCUGGGAUCUGCAUGUACGGGCUUCCUCCAGAUGCCAGCACUGAGACUGCUGAGUUGGUGGAGUCCCUGGGACUCAGACCCGUUCUCUCGUGGUGCGCUCGCCCCACCCUCAUCAAAACACUACCCCAGGGUAGGGUCGUGGGAUAUGACAACACAUACAUGACACGUGAUAUAGAGAUCAUUGCGACCUUUAGUUUGGGUUUUGCAGAUGGGUACAACAGGCUGAUGUCUGUGGUAUCUCUGGAUGAAGAUGAUGUCCGGUGUCCAGUUGUUGGUAGAGUGUCCAUGGACGCCAUCACAGUUCGCUUGGAUCAACCAAGGCCUUCGCACACGACGUUCAACAUCAUCACGGAUGACUUCACCUCCCCAAACAGCGUGACAAAGAUGGCUGCCAUUCUCGGCACAAUCCCCUAUGAGGUGACGACGAGUCUAGCUGCCAGACUACCACGCGUGUUUAUGUCUGGUGGACAUAUUGUAGCUGUCACGAAGUCGUUGAUGACAGAUGAGAGAUAAUAUAGAAGCAUAGUAUAGUAUAGAAGCAAGGGUGUCUUGAGCAGAGUUAAGUC